UUCCCCUACGGGAGCUGUUCUGUGAUUUGCGGGAAAUGGGGGUGUCCUAGCAACUAGGCUAGCCAGCAGCUACUGACGAUUCCAAUGAUCCCGUAUAAAGAAACGACCGGGGAGGAACGAAAGGCAGUCUGUCCAGCCGCUGCUCGGAGCUUGGGAAAGGAAGAGAAGCGGCCUUUCGAAUUGCUAUUGCUGCUGUUCAGCGCCUUGUUCCAAGGUUUCAGUUUUGACAGAAGUUCGGGAACUUCUGUCCCUAGUUCUCCUUGGUCGUGCUAUCCAACUGUCCCCUUGAAGCUGCCCCCGAGAUUUUAGAAUAGUACCCUGAUAAAAAGUGAGAAGACCCUUUGCAACCCACACCUCACGCACCGAAAGAUGCUUGAGUCUAUUCGAGUCACUGAAAAGCUUCACUGGCCAGAGCAAGAACUGUCCAAGAAGUCCAUCUUGAAGCCUGAAGAACAGAAAUUUCUUUUCAUGAAUGAAACCAGAAGUAUUAAGUCCUGCAUCCUUAAGAACAACUUCACCACAGGGACAAGCAGCUACAAUGUUUUGCUGCAGAGCAAAGAGGAAAAAAAACAUCAGAAACAUUCAUCAGCCCACCACAAAAGACUCCGGAAGCCCACCAAACCCACUCAUGGCUCACGCAGUAAUGAGCGCCACAAGGUUAAGACACCACUGUUUAUUCCCCCAAAUGGGUGGUGCUGUUUCAAAAGGCACUCCUAUUUUAUUCCUAACUCACUCCGCAAUGGGAUUAAAUUAGCACAAAGUAUUUCAAUAACAGGGAACAGCAUAGGAUUGUCAACUCCACCCAAGAACAAAUCCAAAAAACAUUUUACCUUUAGCCUAGGAAAGCCCAAACAGUUGCAAACAUCUAAAAGCUGCUUAAAAGAUGGAGAUGCUACUGGUCGAAAGUUUUGUAUCCUAACUGCAAUCAAGCCUUCCAAUGUGGAAAGGGAGAAGAUAAAGUUCUUCAAAUCAGCUUUUACAUCUAACCCACAGUUUGAAUAUGCAAGUUCUGUCCUCCCCAGUGUACUUGAAAAGUACAGCCAAGCAUCCAGCUUAUUUCUUAAACAGGCUAUCAGAAUUAUGGAACUCACUUUGCAAAAAUAUGGAAGUUAUGAAAAUUUUGAACAAUCCACUGGAGGAAGCCUGUUGCCUAGGAGUCGUAUCUGGAAUCAUGUCCGAAAAUAUAUGGCGAAAGAAGGCUGCCUGGGCGAGAUUGUGGUUCAUCUUUCUGAAGAUUUGCUUUCUCGGGCCUCAAUGACUGUGGUGAAUGGCCGUCCAACUCUUACUAUCAAUAUUUCCACUGCAAGGGAACAUUGGUUAGAAGGGAUGCUCAGGCAUGAAAUAGGAACUCAUUAUCUUAGGGGCAUUAACAACAAUAGCCAAUUAUGGAACAAUUGGAGCGGGCGCCGGAAGCAUGGGUUAAAACCCAUCAACCCCACUGAGGAAGGCCUGGCCAGCAUUCACAGUGUUCUGUUUCGAAAAGAUCCUUUCCUUUGGCGGGCUGCCCUCCUGUAUUACACUGUCUACCAAGCCAGCCAAAUGUCCUUCAGAGAGCUCUUUCAGGACAUUGGAAAAUUUGUCACUGAUCCCAAUACUAGGUGGGAUUAUUGUGUUCGAGCCAAGAGGGGUUGGACUGAUACUUCACAACCAGGUUGCUUUAGUAAAGAUCAGGUCUACUUGGAUGGCAUCCUGCGACUUCUGAGAUACCGACAUUCUAUUGAUUUCUACUUAUUGACAGCUCUAGGAAAGGUUUCAUAUGAGGAUGUAGAUCGUCUGAAGGAUUUAGGAAUGACGGAAAAAAUGAGGGUGCCACAUUUUUUGCAAGACUAUUCUCGGUACAUGGAGCAUCUAGAAAAGAUCAUGGAAGUCAAUGAGAUAUCUGACACUGAACUCCAAGCUCUUGUACCCUAAGCCAACCUAUCUCUCUGUUUCACAUGAGUCACUCUUACGUUUUAGCUCUGAAAUAACUCAUAGAUUAAUUGAACUUAUUUUUGAUUCCUGGCAAAACCCAUAUUUUUUAAACCUGCUUCUGUUUUUUAAGACUGAAAAACUCUAGCUACAAAUUUGAAACUCAUUGUCUUUCAAAGAAAGAAAGAAAAUUCCAGUCCAGCCAUUUUAAGUAUGAAGCUAUAUGUAAACCAAGCAGAUUAAAUUGUAGCUGUAAUGCAGACAUAUCUUUUAAGAAAUUAUUGUGUAGACUUAUCAAUAGCACAUUUUCAGAUUCUACUGGCUUUUGAAUUGUCUCUCUAGAGUAUACUAUUUAAUAUUUGUGGGGUUUAGUUUCUUUUUAUUUAUUUAGCCAAUUGUCUUUUGUUAAAAGGAUCAAUGCCCUACUGUGGCGUUUGCUAUCACCACACUUACAACCUGUGCUUUAACCAUUAGAAUUGGAAGGAUAUCACUGAAUGCUUGAAUAAAACUGGAAACAUGACUACAUCUCAUGACUAUGGAUGUAUGCUAUAGUCUUGUGGAUUUUGCAUUUACAGUGUAUAAUCCAUUUGAUCUCAGUUUGUCUCAUUGUAAUUCAGUAAUGGGAAUUACGUGAAAGAGCAGAGAAAGAAAAUGAUCUCCCGUCAUGUUUAUUAGUUUCCUAAGUGCAUUCCACUGACUUGUCUUUCAGGAAAUGACAUUGUUUUCCUCUUUUAUUUUAUUUUUGAUCAUGUAUAAAUAAAUUUACAAAAGAAAAUUGGAAAGAAAUAAAACUUGGAAUUCUUUUUUUUUAAUCCUUUAUUUCCGACUCACACUGAAAUAUAUUGAUAUGUAAACAAUUCUUUCUCUGUUUGCUACUGAUAUAGUUAUAAAAAAGCUCCAUAGUGUACUGCUUGUGAGAUGUUUGUUGGAUUAAUAUAGAGUGCAAAUGGUUUCAUAUACCUAAACAAAAAUCUCCAAUUUGUUUAUGCAUGAUUGCAAAAGCACUGAAGCUUAUUUGAAAAGUUUAGGCUAGCCCACCAGGUUUUGUUUUUUUUCUUUUUAAGACAUUGAUGCUUUUUUUGGUGGGGGGGCACAUAUAAAUUUAGUACAGUGAUGAGAUGUAGAACUCUACACACAUUUUAGAGUAGGUUUUCCACAUCUUGGCAUUAUUUGAUUCAGUGACAACUUAUUGAUGCAAAAAUCUUACAUAACAAGAAGACUGGAAAAAUUAAUAAUUCAUCAUACUAGAAUUGUGAAAAUAUUUUUCAAUACAAUGAUAGACAAAGACAGAUAGUAUAAAGAUCAAGAAUAUGCAUUGAAUUUUAUGCAAAUCAGUAUGUCUUGUUAUUAUAGUCUUGUUUAUGUUGGAUUUAUAAACUGGAUCCAUCAACAUUGAUUUCUGAACUGUGUGAAUUCAAUAGACGCCUGUUGAUUUUAGGGAUCUCUGGUGUUGCUGUUUAGGUCAAAAUUUAAUUAAAUUAAUGAUCCAUCAUAAUACUUUUUUAACCCAGUUAAACAACAGCUUAUCUCCAAAUAAAGUCUAAAUGUUCA